AUGUCUACUACCCUAAGCAACAAUACGAUCUUACCUCCACUUGCACACCUCAACCUUAAUCCCUACACGUUGUCUAUUGAACGAAAGCAAUUCAACGCACAUUGUCAGCAGCAGCCCAUGAGUUUAACAGAGAGACACUCGCAAACUUUUGUUUCGCAAAUGUAUACCCCACAAUUACAUCAGGAAACACUACCACGAAUGCUCCCGACACGGCUAAACAAUUCUCAAGGAUCAGAAGAAAAAGUAUGGAACUGUACCGAAUGCGAAAAAAGUUAUAAAGGUCGAAACGCGAGAUCUAUCCUGAGAAGGCAUCUGAAAGACAAACAUGCCGUCGACGUUCCCCGUGGAACCCGUUGGGAUAAUGAUCCGAAUAGACCAAAGUCUGAUGCUGAACGGCGAGAAAGAAUGUUGUUAUCUAAGCGAAGAUGGGCACAAAAAGCUCGCGCAAAAAAGAACAGCCUAAAGCAAUCAACUGAGACUGAUGGAAAAAUACACGUUAGCACAAAUGCUACUGAUAAUGUCCCCAUCAAGCAUUUUCCAACUGUACUUCCGUCGCCAACACAUACAAAUAAGACUUCGACAACAGACUCUAGCCCGACACGCUUUCAGUCGUCAUUUCCAACGCAAGGUUGCCCGCCUACACCCGAAAUGCCACAAACGCCGGAGAUGCAGAUAACAGACUACUUUCCUCCGUCACCUAGUUUGUGCUCUCCCAUCUUGGACAACAGGCACAUAAAGCAUCGAUGCAGCAGCGAUAGUAUCGAUAACAUGUACUCGCCUAAUGCGAAUGAAGCCCAAUCGAGUGAAGAUGAGAAUGAAAGCAGCAUAUUUAAUUCACAUUUUAGAAAUUGCGGAGGACAGUCGCCCAUGACAUUUACAGAUAAAAAGUCGUCGAUUUUAUAUAACGGUCAACAUACUUUACCGUCGUUUGCUAGUCUGUCAUUGAUGUCUGCUAUUAGUGGCGGGUGUUUGCCACAACCAAGAAUGGUGAAUGAAAGAAUGUUUAGAACAUAUGAACCAUCAUCGCCGGCGAGAUAUGCAUACAGUAUGCAGAUACCUGAGCGUGCUAGGAUGAUGGCCAGCGUUAGUUGA